CGGGGCUGUGUGGAUCUCGCCCUGGGCUGCCAGUGGCAGAGAGGAAGGCGUCGCGAUCACCUGGGAGGAGGGACGGUGGGCAGUGAAAGGGUUGGUUGGUUGGGGGGCUCCUGUUUCCUCCGGUGUCGCGCCAUGACGGCGAACGAAGACCAGGAGAUGGAGCUAGAAGCAUUACGUUCUAUUUAUGAAGGUGAUGAGUGUUUUAGGGAACUUAGCCCCAUUUCCUUUCAAUAUAGGAUAGGUGAAAAUGGAGACCCUAAAGCUUUCCUGAUAGAAAUAUCAUGGCCAGAAACAUACCCUCAAACUGCUCCAGUCAUCUCUAUGGAUGCAUUCUUCAAUAAUUCUAUAGCCUCCACCAUAAAGCAGAGUAUAUUGAACAAAUUAAUGGAAGAAGUUGAAGCUAACCUUGGUACCUCUAUGACAUACACAAUUUUUGAAUAUGCCAAAGAUAAUAAAGAGCUGUUCAUGGAAAACCAACCUAUUAAUACUGUGACAGCUCUGAACAACUGCAUCUCAACAGGACAACCAGAUGCAGCACAAACUAGUAAGAAAAAAGAGAAAAAGGAACAAUUGACCAAAACACAAAAACGAAAGUUAGCAGAUAAAACAGAUCACAAAGGAGAGCUUCCUCGAGGAUGGAAUUGGGUUGAUGUAAUAAAGCAUCUAAGCAAAACUGGCUCUAAGGAUGAUGAAUAGGAGGACACUGAUAUAGGAAAACAUCAACUUUUACUACAACACUGUUUGGAAUCAACUGCCAUAUUCUCUCUUUUUUCAUUUACAUUUUAUAAAAUGACAAUUCCUCACA